GGGCGGUGCUAGAAACUGGACGCCUGGCGCUGUUGGGAGAGAGCGUGCUAGCUGGCGUUACAGUGGGAGCGCGAGAGAGGUAGAGUUAGAAAGGCGAGAGAAUGAAAGAAAGAGAAAAUGAGUGAAUGAGAAAGCGUGAGAGAAAGAGAGAGAGGAGAAAUGAGUAUGUGAAGACGGAUACUGAACAGUUUUUGGGCUGUUUGAGCAGAGAAAACGAGAGAAGUAUCGCUUUUGGAGGAUAUAAACCGGCUGUUUUUUGGGAAAAACCACCGUUGGAUUUUGUAACGUUACUUUUUUUUUAAUUCAAACUGAGUGACGGUUACAGCGUUACUCCCCGUUAUUAUAUAGCUUAGCCUAGCAGCCACUGGAGACAGAAGGGAGAGAGGGUGUUGUAAACCCGUUUUUCCUUCUCUACGACGGGUUUCACCACUGGUGCCGACAGGUGGACCUUCGCUUUAAUCUGAGAAGACCAGGACAAGUCUAAACUAAAGAUGGAGCAGGUAUCAGAUGAUGAGCUGGACCAUGCUGCUGAAGAAGACAGCGAUAAGGAGGAUCAAGACCUGGAUAAGAUGUUCGGGGCCUGGCUGGGAGAGCUGGACAAACUCACUCAGGUGACACACACAAUGAGUUUGGAUGAUGGGCGUCCAGGAAAAGUACAGAAAGCUCCUCUCAGGGAAGAGACCAACCUGGCCAACUUUUCCUAUCGCUUCUCCAUGUAUAACAUCAAUGAAGCCAUAAAUCAGGGUGAAACAGUAGACCUGGAUGCCCUGAUGGCUGACCUCUGCUCAAUUGAGCAGGAGCUCAGCACAAUCGGAAAACCUGCCCAUGGGCGGCCAGUGGACCCCAAAAAUCGUCAACGGCCCCUACCAGGGCGUUCAGCCAGCGCCCGGCAGGCAGGGGGCAGCAGUGGAGGUGGGAGCAGUGGAGGCAGUGCCUGCAGCAGCACCCGUGCUUCACCUGCUAACACUAUCCGUGGAGCCAGUGGGCAGCCCCACAGCCAGUCCCGCCCCAUGGCCUCCAACUUCUCGCUAGACGACAUCACAGCCCAGUUGGAAAAGGCAUCCCGCAGCAUGGAUGAAGCGGCCCGGCAAACAUCUGAGUCUUCCUCGCCAUCCUCAUCGUCAUCAUACUCGUCUGCCACACUGCGUAACACCACUACCAACUCGCACCAACACCGGCGCACAGGUUCAGUGGGAGCGGUCAGCGAUCAGGAGGCGCGCUCGUCUCGCUCCAGCGUUAACUCCGCCUCCGCCUCCAGCAUGGACUCGCUGGACAUGAGGGGGCAGGAGGGGGAGGGGCCUGCCACAGGGACGGCCACAACACAGCAGAACCAGAGCCAGACCAGCACUGAGCAUGCCUCACUGAGAAAAGCAAAUGGUAACACUGCCAGACGGCACCUAGACUUCACCUCACAGGAGGGGGAAGUGGAUCAGUUCACUCACUCGUACCUGGACAGGGAAACCUCCCAGAUUUUAAAAAGCAUUGCAGGAAAGCCCUCUCACCUGCUGACUAAGGAGGAGCAAGCUGCCAAAGCGAAGGCUGAGAAAAUUCGUGUAGCUCUGGAAAAAAUUAAAGAAGCGCAAGUCAAGAAGCUGGUGAUCCGAGUGCACAUGUCUGAUGAAAGCUCCAAGACCAUGAUGGUGGAUGAGAGGCAGAGUGUGAGGCAGGUGCUGGACAGCCUACUGGAUAAGUCCCACUGCGGAUACAGCCCAGACUGGGCCCUGGUGGAGACCAUUACUGAGCUGCAGAUGGAGCGUAUAUUUGAGGACCAUGAGAACCUGGUAGAGAACCUUCUAAACUGGACCAGAGACAGCCAGAAUAAGCUCAUGUUCAUCGAGCGCAUUGAAAAGUAUGCACUCUUCAAGAACCCACAGAAUUACCUUCUGGGAAGGAAAGAGACGUCUGAGAUGGCUGACAGAAACAAGGAGGCUCUGCUAGAGGAGUGUUUCUGCGGUGGCUCGGUAUCCGUCCCCGAGAUUGAAGGCAUUCUCUGGCUAAAAGACGAUGGGAAAAAAUCAUGGAAGAAGCGCUAUUUCCUGCUCCGUGCAUCCGGAAUCUACUUCGUCCCUAAGGGCAAGGCCAAGGCCUCUAGAGACUUGGUGUGCUUUCUACAGUUGGACCAUGUCAAUGUUUAUUAUGGACAGGACUACCGAAGCAAGUACAAGGCCCCCACUGACUACUGCCUUGCCCUCAAGCACCCACAGAUUCAGAAGAAAUCUCAAUACAUUAAGUACUUGUGCUGCGAUGAUGUCAGAACCCUUCACCAGUGGGUCAACGGGAUCCGCAUUGCCAAGUAUGGGAAACAGCUGUACUCGAACUAUCAGGAAGCUAUGAAGCGCACCGAGGCAGCCUACGACUGGUCUUCUCUCUCCAGCUCCAGCAUCAAGUCUGGCACCAGCUCAGUCAGCAUUCCUGAGUCACAGUCCAACCACUCUAGCCAGACGGACAGUGGCGUGUCGGAUGGUACCUCAUCUACACAUGCACGUUCCCAGAGUGUGGUCAGCUCUAUCUUCUCUGAAGCUUGGAAGAGAGGCACUCAAAUGGAGGAAAGCAUCAGGAUGAGACCAGAGUCAACACGUUCAACCCACUCUACCCACAGUGGUCAUAGCAUCCACUCCAGCCAUAGCAACCAUCCCCAUAUGCAUGCAUCAUCCCAUUCACAGCAACACACACCACAGCAUACCCAGCAAGCCUCACAUCCUCGUGGAAGCGUUACUCAUACCCCUGUUCAAACUCCACCCCAGCCCUCUCCAGCUCCACCCCCUCCACCACCUCCACCCCCACCUCCACCACCUCCACCUCCCCCUGCCAGCAUUGCCCACCAUUCCACCCCACCAAUAUUUGCAAAAUACAGCACCAUCACUCGCCUGCAGAAUGCUUCUCAGGCUUCAAAGCCACACCCACAAGCCCAGCAAGUGCUUCCAACACCGCCUUCCCAGGCACUGAAGCCGCCUACUAACAAUAUUCCUCCAGGGGCAAAUAUCCCACCUCCACCACCCCCUCCUCCACCAGCACCUAUGCCUGCUCCGGGUUCAGCCAUGGCCGUUCUGAAACUCGGACCUCCAAGUCCAAGUCCAUCUGCAGUGCCUCAGUUCAUCCCUCCAGCACCGGUAUCCCCAUCACCACCACCACCUCCACCUCUGACAAACAUGCAGUCCCAACCGCUUCCACCUCCUCCUCCCCCAGUACCUGUUCAAUCCCAGCCUUUUCCCCCACCUCCGCCUUUAUCUAUUCAGUCCCAGCCUCUUCCACCUCCUCCCUCUCAACUAUCUGCUCAAUCCCAGUUAUUCCCCCCACCUCCACCUGUAUCUAUCCAGUCCCAGCCUCUUCCACCUCCUCCCUCUCAAGUAUCUGCUCAAUCCCAGUUAUUCCCCCCUCCUCCACCUGUUUCUAUCCAGUCCCAACCUCUUCCACCUCCUCCGCCUCCAGUACCAGUCCAGUCCCAGCUUUUUCCCCCACCUCCAACUGCACUUAUCCAGUCCCAGCCUACUCCACCACCUCCUCCACCACCCCCACCACCACAACUGCCCAUCCAAAGCAAUUUCCUUCCACCUCCCCCUCCUCUACAACCCAACGGUUUGCCCCCUCCAGCCCGUCCCCAACCAGCCGUGCCCCUGCUAACCUCCAAUGGCCUCAAGCACGUUCUGGCCCAUAAGUUCCCCAACUUGCCUAGAGAUGUAUCUCCUCCUGGGGGUCAAGCUCAGUCUCCUCCUCCACCGCCACCUCCUCCCCCUCCUCCACCUCCCACUCCUCCAGCACCUCCUCUGCCGCCUCAGCAGCCUCCUGCCCCAGCACCACCUCCGCCUCCUCCACCACCACCUCCCCCAGGACCUGUCCAACAAAUGGGUCCUCCCCGCCCCUUGGCCAAAAUGUUCACUGGAGGAUUUCCCCCCCAAACUGCACCAAAACCUUCAGGCACGGUCUUGCCUGUGUCUCCAGUUGCUCCCCUUCCUCCAGCUCCUCCACCCCCACCUCCACCCCCUCCUGCACCAAUGAAGAGCCAUCCACCGCCUACUCUACCCAAGCAGCACAGCAUGUCCAAGACCCUGCCAUUCCCAAGCCAGCCCUCAACUACAUCGUCUUUGGUCAAGCAACUGGCUAGCCAGUUCCCCGGUGCAUCAUCUACAGGUGCCAACCAUGUGGAGAGUCACAAAGCUCCACUAUCACCACCUGCGGUGAAGACUAAACCAAAAUGGCAGCCUGGUGGAUUGCAGCAGCAGUCGCCAGAGUUUCCCCCACCUCCUCCUGACAACUCGUUUGCUUUUCCACCUCCACCACCACCACCACCUUGCCCACCUCCUCCUCCUUGUGCAGGCCCUAUACGUUCUGCAGGCCCUACACCACCACCACCACCGCCUCCUCCUCCUUCUGCAGGCCCUGCACGUUCUGCAGGCCCUACACCACCACCGCCUCCUUCUCUCUUUGCAGGCCCUACACGUUCUGCAGGCCCUACACCACCACCGCCGCCUCCUCCUCCUCCUCCUUGUGCAGGCCCUACACGUUCUGCAGGCCCUACACCACCGCCACCACCUCCUCCUCCCCUUCCCCCAGCUCUACCAGGUUCCCCAAUGAAGAAGUCCCCCUCAGGAGGCAAGAAACCUCCACCAACCCCUCAGCGCAACACCAGCGCCAAGGCCAACUCUUCAUCCGCCUACCAGGAGUCCCGCCAAAACUUGUUUAGCAAAUUCAGUCCCAGUUCAGCGCCUUCUGCACCAGCGUUUUCCUCUGGUUCUCCGUCCAAGGAUCUAUUCUCUGGGCCCCCAGCACCCCCCAAACCUGGCAAGCUGAACCUGGCCAACUUACCUUUGGCCUUGCAGAGCAGGGUUGGUCAGAGCCGUCAGUCGACUGCAGAUUUUCCCUCUCCUCCACCACCAGAGAAUAACAUCUUUCCGCCUCCACCACUUGACUCGGAUCUUCCCCCUCCGCCACCACUUCCAGGUGGAAGUGCCCCCAAAGUCGCUGUGGUGAAUCCACAACCGCAGCCUCCGUGGAACAAAAGUUCCCUAAAGAAGACUCCUGGUUCGGCAGCCCUCCAUCGCAACAACACGCCUGAGCCUCCGCCUCCUUUGCCAGGAGGCCCUGCCCCUCCAACGUCUCCAAAGGGAGGUAGUCAACCGAACUUUCUGGAAGACCUGAACCGGACCCUAAAGCGCAAAUCCUUGCGCAAUUCCAGUGGCAAGUUGGACCCUGUGGCCACCAUGGAUGACAUGGUGUUGCCGCCACCUCCUCCGGAGCUUCUACUCGACCAGCAGAGACACAGCGGGAGCGGGUACAUGUCUGGCAACAUCUCUGGCUAUGCAACGCUAAGGCGGGGGCCUCCCCCUGCCCCACCCAAACGGGACAACAGCACCAAACUGACAAAUUGAGAUUCCAGGAACCGUAUUGCACGCUCCCUGCUUUUCCCCCUUUGUACAGGGUUUUGGAGGAAAAGUGACCUGCCUACCUGGGUCUUAAACAGUACGCUUAAAUAACUCCUGCCGACGAGAGAGACCACAGUGACUCUCAGCUAUGGUGCCGCUCAGUAUCAAAUUCCGUUUUAAACUUUGAUAUGAAGGAAAUCUAACCAAUUCAACAUACUGGUACUGCAUGGACAUAGGGCCAAAAUAUCCCAAGUACAACAAAAAAAAGUUCCUUGGUUUUCGAGUGGAUGAAUGUCAUGGAUUUUCGUAUGGAAGUCGUAGGGAGAAAUCAUUUUGCCUUUUUUUAUAUAGAUUUAUUUAAAACAAAAACUGAAGAUGUUUUUCUUAUUUUAGACUGAAGUUUUUAAGGGUUGACGAUGACUGUUGUUCAAGGAGGUAGUGUGUAAGAGGUUAGGUGUGUUUGUACAGUGAAUUUUUGGCUGGCAUGUCAUUUUUGCUUUUUCCCGCAAGAGAGACACAUUGAUUUGCAGUUGUCAUGUGAAUGUGUUAACAUUUACCAGGCGAGCUUCAGAAUGUUCUGUGACAUUCUAGUGCAUUCUGUGAGCCUCCUUAAGUGAUGUUAGGUAGCAGUUUUGUCAUAAAAACAGAAAAAAAGUUUGCAGAAAAGAAUGGAAGCUGUUUGACAGCAAGGUAUAUGGGUUGCAUUUGGGAAAUGUUAAAAGGGGCAUUCAAACAAAUGUGCCAGAAGUGAGGAAACGUGGCCUGAUGGCUUAUGGGUGGGAUUGGUGGAAUUAAUGUGUCUUAAGCCCCUUUCACACAUGCACAGUGACUCGGAGUACCUUUUCCAGACAUUGUCCAGAGGAACUAUGUGUGAACAGAAAUGUCUGGAUUGGUUGUACGUUGUCUGAACAUUACCUAAACUUUAUUGUGCCAGACCCCUAGUUCAAAGUCAGGGUAAUGUCUGAGUGUAUCUAUGGGUAGAGAGAUAUACUUGCUGUUAAAUGUUAUUUGCGUACACAUGAAGGUGGCAUUGUGUUGUGUCAUGAUAAUUAAGUUAUCGUCUAUUAGGAGAUAAAUGAACAUGAUCUCGAUCAUUUUUACCGUCCUCAGUAUUAACAUUGUGUUCAUUUGCAUGUAUUUAAGUGGAGAGUGGUUACUUCACUUUUUCCACCACACACACACUCCCACACAUGCACAGAACAGUUUUACUGCUGAUGAAGUCCUUCACACCAUUUAAUGAAGUGAUACAAGGCAAUCUGUAACUCAUGUUUCAAAGGAAGAAAGUUCCAGACUUACACAAACUUUUCUAUUGAAAAUGUCGUCAGCCAUUCAGCUUUUUAUCCUAUCUGAACAUUAGCAUGUAUGGUAAAUGUGAUUCGAUCCUUUCUUAAAAAUUCACAAUGCAGAUGGUUGUCUACGCAAAUGCAUCGCAAGUACAUCUCUAGCCUGUGUGUGAAUAGAGCAGGAAUUUUUCCCGAAAAAUUUACAUUGGGUAGUGACGUGCCUCCUGCUUGCGUGCACUGCACAGGUGCCACCACUUACCUAAAUCCCCUUACGGAAUCUUUCCUGUAGUAAGAACGUACCUGACACGUAAAUCUCCUGACUGUACACUUGUGUGAAAGGGCAGCUCCGGCUAACGUUCGAAUCUACUUCUCCGGACAUUUUCCGGAGUUCCUAUGUGGAAAAAGGCUUUAUUAAUAGUUGGACCUGUCUAAUCUACGUACACUAUUUACAUCCCUGCAGUAUCUGGCUGUACACAUAAGCUGCUUUGCUCGUCUGUCUGAUUGGUCAUGCCUUGGAAUCCCUUCUGGAAAUCAUUCAGGUAUUCUGGUAAAAAAAAAAUGGAUCAUGUACACGUAUAACUAACGUCCUGUAACUUGAGAGCAGUGUUCCACAUGACAGCGACUACUGAAGACGUCAUCCUUUACGAGGAGUUUUGGCAAAAGGAGGCCUUCUUGUAAAUGCAUGUCAAAAAAAGUGUCUUAUUGUUUUGGUUUAAUUACCAACAGGCUUUUACACAGGGUUCUGGGUUUCGAUGAGCUGUACUCUGCUUUAAAGUGACUCCAACAUCUGGUAUGAUGAUCAAAUCAAGGACUACAUAAUAGCUGGAAUUGGGCAGACAAAGUCAAGGACCAUGUGGUAUAUGUAUAAAAAUAUGCAUAUUAACUUACUCAACCAUGUAUUCCAUUUGGUAAGACAUCUGUGUUUAAAAAAAACUGAAUAUAUGACGAAUAUCAUGUUUCUUUUCAGGGUUGUGACAUAUGUAAGCAUUAAAUUAUUCUGGUCUUGAGCCAUUUGGAGUGCUAUGGAAAUUCUCAGCUCUAAUCUCAGUGGGAAAAUGGCAUUUUUUGGGUAAUGAAGAUGAAGUGUCUUUGCAUUUUCAUGUAAGGUCGCAGUAUAAAUGUUAUCAUACCUCA